ACACCCUGGAGAGAUUAUAUCUCUCGGCUGGCCUGGGAACACCUUAGUGUUCACCCGGAAAGGCUGGAGGAGGUGGCUGGGGAAAGGGAGGUCUGGACUUGUCUGCGUAGACUGCUGCCCUGCAACCUGGCCCUGGAUAAGCAGAAGAAAAUGGAUGGAUGGACUUUUAAGCAAUAAAAAAAUACUUUUACAUAAUUUUAUAGAUUAUAUAAUUUAAAUUUACUGCCAUUUGCAUUUGGUGGAAUCAAUGUAAAAUAAAAAUAAAAAUCUAAUAAAUAAUCAUUACAUACAUUAAAAUGUUUUAAAAAAAAACCAAACAUUUAGUUACAAUUUGUUGUCUGUAUGCUGAACUUGCGGCUCCUGUUGGCAUGGUGGAGUUUCUUAAUGUAAAACUCAUUGUUGCAGCCAGGGGCAGCACAAAACGGAUUUUUAGUUUUAGUGUCCUCAUUUUCCUCUGAGUUCUCGAUACUGUCACUAGUUAGCUAACAUAAACUAAUGCUAGUUCGUUAGCCGUUAACCACCCAACCACAUGAUGUCAUGUUCCGUACCGACAGAAGAUGGCGCUAAACAUGUAUUUAUAACUUUCUGAGCUUCACAAACAGAGUAAAUGUCCGUUUUUGAGAACAGGGCUCAAUGAUGAAAGUUUACAGUUUUUUGUAACUGUCUUAGCAGCUGAGCUAUACUUCCGCUUACAUCACCAGCUUCUGUGUAAAACUGCAAGCACACCUGCGUUUAAAAAAAAAAAAAAAAAAGGAAGAAAGAAAGAAAAGUCAGGUUUGAUCAUCACCGCCACACCCUCCUCGGAGUGCAGCAGCAGCAUCCUCAGCAGCAGCAUGGUGCCAGCCGUCCUGCUCGUUUUGGCUGUCACAGCAGUCUGCAAUGGCAUCCUCCCUGAGAUAGUGAACCCGGGCAUUAGUCACAUCCUGGAGGAUGACUCUGCACAGGGACAAGCGGAGCCGGACAGCGUAUUUGUGGAAGUGGAGCAGCUGCCAGAGGAUCCCCAGCAAAAGCCAGAGGACUCGUUUCACCAAACAAAUGAGGAGAACUCUCAGUCGAGUCUUCACAAUGAAACUGCUUCUGAUAAAGUGACUGAUAAAGACCAGGAGACAAACAACAUUACCACAGUCGACAGUUCUAACGACCUGGAGAACAGAGUCGAUCACGGAUGCAUCAGUGACGAUGACUGUGGGAAGGGAAGGUACUGCCUUCACGACCCACAUAAUGCCAAGUGUCUGCCAUGUAAAGCGCUCGAUAUGUCCUGCACUAAGGAUGCAGAGUGCUGUGGUGAACAGCUCUGUGUGUGGGGCCAGUGCAGCCAAAAUGCAACGAAGGGAGAGGCAGGAAGCACUUGUCAAUACCAGACUGACUGCAGCCCAGACCUCUGCUGUGCUUUCCAUAAAGCCCUCCUCUUCCCCGUCUGUUCGGCCAAGCCUAUUGAGCGUGAGCACUGCUUUGGUGCCUCCAACCACCUGACUGAGUUGUUGUCCUGGGGCACGCAAGAUGAGGGACCCAGGAAAUAUUGCCCCUGUGCAGGAGAUCUCCACUGUCAACACCUGGGACGGGGGUCAAUGUGCCUGAAAGGAGAGGACUCGAGUGAAGAGGACCUGACAGACACUCUGUACUCAGAGAUAGACUACAUACUUUAGGCUCGGCUCGAUUUAUUAACAUUGCCUUGUAAACAGCUAGACAGACUUCUGAGCUUUUUUCUUUUUUCUUUGCAAAGAGCACUUUCUAUUUGCCGGCUUCAGUCAAAGCAGUAAAGAUUUAGGGCAUGGGAAAUGGAUGGCAGUAUAUGUAGACUAGAAUUUUAGAAAUACAGACAGGUGGCACAUGAAAGGAAAAAAAACUGGCGGCUUAUCCAGACUUGACUCAGCUGGUGAUUGGAUGAACCUCCGGGUGACUUUAACCAAUCACCUCUGUAAAAGAAAACGCCACAGCGAGUGUCCAAAGCAAAAAGCAAGCCACAAACACAGGAGCUAGUUGUGUCGUCGGCACGUUGUUUGAUGAUUCUUAAAUCUUUUUAAGGGAAUUCUGGGCAAGAGGCACUUGAAGGCAGCCACUUUGUAAAAAACUACUUGUCAAGUCCUUUGAUGCAGCUUCAUUUCUUUGUUGUUGCAGUCAUCACAGUGGGGUGAUGAUGUGACUGCCCCCGUUUUGCUGGCAUGGCUCAGGUCCCCUUGGAUUGACAGGUUGCUCAAAAUCAAUAUGAAUUUGUUCGGUGUAAUCUCCUUUAUCCUAGGAUGGAACAUGUCCACCAUGAUGGGAGAUGUUCUCUUCCGAGAUUACAUAAUUACAGUUCAUAGGGUACAUGCGGAAACUGAAAUAUGAAAAUGAACUGAAUAAACAGAUGCAGUGGCCUUUGCAGUCUCCAGAUCUCAACUAAUCCGUGGGAGAUUUUGAAACAUCAUUUCAAAAAUGAGAGAUUGCUUGGAAGACCUGAACAUGAUUUUUGGAGAUAGAGACGUUAAUGUAUCUGGUGUUUAGAUUCGCACAGCCCAUCGUGGCAGAAUGGAAUCCCGGCGGUGAUAGGAUUUAGGCCAGGACCCCUGAAAGUCUAGACCCUGGUGGUGGUGAAGAUGAAGACGAAGCUUGGUUGGAGUGCUGACUGAGGUAUCUGUAAGGUGGAAAUGGGGUGGUUGCACAAAUUAGAGUCUGAAAGGGAGAAUGACAGAGAGCACAGUUUUAAACCACAGAAAGUGGAGGCUGAUUGGCUCAAAGAGGGCAGGCGAGAAGAGAAGUAGAGUGAGUGAUGCAGAGAAUAAAAAGCAGCCUAACACCCCGGAAAGCAGGUUGAUGAGGGAUUGCAGUAGAAGUUUACUAGCAGUCUCUGGGGUAAUUGGACCUGACGUAGUUUCCUGAGGAAGUACAGCCUUUGUUGUGCGUUCCCUAACUGGUGGGAGAUGUUGGUGGACCAGGUAAGGUCGGCCGAGAUG